AUGGGUAGAAACAUAUUGAGACUUAAGGGUGAUCCGUCUAUUGCUAUUCAAUCGAUUUUUGGUCAAGCAGUCAUGGGUUUGAUUUUGUCUUCAGUUUUCUAUAAUUUACAGCCAGUAACCGACUCCUUCUAUUAUAGAGGUGCUGCUAUGUUCUUCGCUGUUUUGUUUAAUGCGUUCUCCUCCUUAUUAGAAAUCAUGGCGUUAUUCGAAGCAAGACCAAUUGUUGAAAAACACAAACAAUAUGCUUUAUACCGUCCAUCUGCCGACGCAUUAGCGGGUAUUAUUACUGAAUUGCCUACCAAACUUUUUAUGUCUAUGAGUUUUAAUUUCGUCUUUUAUUUUAUGGUACAUUUUAGACGUGAUGCAGGCAGAUUCUUCUUUUACUGGUUAAUGUGUUGUAUGUGUACUUUGGUUAUGUCACAUUUGUUUAGGUCAUUAGGUGCCGUCUCUAACUCUUUGGCAGGUGCUAUGACACCAGCUACAGUUUUAUUAUUGGCCAUGGUUAUUUUCACAGGUUUCGUUAUUCCAACUCCAAAUAUGUUGGGCUGGUCAAGAUGGAUUAAUUACAUUAACCCUGUUGCAUAUGUUUUCGAAGCAUUAAUGACUAAUGAAUUUAGUGGCCGUGAAUUUGAGUGCUCCCAAUUCGUCCCAGCUGGUCCAGGUUAUAUGGAUGUUUCUGCUGAACAAAGGGUAUGUUCAACUACUGGUAGUAGACCAGGUUCCAAUGUUGUUCUCGGUUCAGAAUAUCUUGCUACAUCCUUUGAAUACUACGCAUCUCAUAAAUGGAGAAAUUUCGGUAUUACACUUGCGUUCGUGAUAUUUUUCUUAUUCAUCUAUAUUUCAUUGACUGAAUUCAACAAGGGUUCCAUGCAAAAGGGUGAAGUUGCAUUAUUUUUAAAGAGUUCAUUGAAAGACCAGAAGAAAAAGUCUGACAAAUCGACAGCCACCACAAAUGAUAUUGAAAACUCUACUGUUUCAAAUGAGAAAAUUUCACAGAGAGAUCAAUUAGAAGCCAAUAAACAAAUUGAGGCAACUAAUAAUGC